GUGUAGAGACUUGGCCGGGAUUGGCUAGGCCAUGAAGGCUCUCUCUUGACAUCACCGAAGGUUCGCCGUUCCCAUGAAAACAGUCCAUUCGAUUUUAUACUUACUAUCGAGGUAUUACAUUUAAUUCUGCCGACCAAGACUAUACCCAUCCAAAUAUCAACUCUUUUAGGGUUGAAGAAACUGUUCUCCAUCUAUCAUGGCCAAACAGUGGAUUUCAGGGUGAUUUUGAACCGCUUACAAGCGACCAAUGUGUGGAGCGAAGAAUACUGUGUAUUUGUAGAUGUGCUUUUAGACCCGUCGACCGACGUUCAACGCUUGCAGGGACGUUUUCAUUUUGGUUUGUGUGGUCUUGGAAGUGUUUCACCAUCUAAAAGUACUGCUUUUAUUUCGCGUGAAUGAGCACAUUUCUGAGCCCUAAUGGGCUGUGCUCCUAGCAUUCAUUUCUCUCAACAAGGAAUAGUGUUUCGUGAUAGCUCGAGCCCUACUGCCCCCAGACCAAUAGUGUCUUCACCUAGCGAAAUUGUCGGCCAUAUUCGUUCUAGUUCAGACUCUGGUUCCCAUAUAUCCACGUCUUCGUCUUCUCGCUACCGUGGCACUGGAAAAUACAAACGAAGCUACUAUUCUGGUAGAGGUAGCUCAAUUGAAGCAGAGACACAAACUCAGGAUCUCAGUAAUAUGUCGGAAAAUCUUAAGAGCGACAAAAGACCUGGAAUCAUGUUGGGCCCGAUGAAAUUGUUCCAACCAGUGAUGCAGGUGAUGCUUGUAUUUGCAAAGGAAGAUGCUCAAACAGAAAGUUUUGUUCAGGCAUCUGAAAGAGCAAGCUACAAGUACAGCAUAUGUAAAACAUCCGAGGCUGCAAUGGAGGUGUUUCUGAAUAACCAACCAGAAGUAAUUUUCAUUGAUAUGAGAGAUUCAUCGACAAUAGAUGGUGAAAAAUUAUGCAAGAACAUAAGAGCCACACAACCAAGUGAUAAUUCAACUAUAGUAGCUGUAGUGAAACCAUGUGCAAGACAUACUGACGAACCKUCAUUUCUACCACUGCUCAAGACUGGCUUUGAUAGGAGAUUUGUGGAAAAUACUAAUGUUGGUGCCUGCUUCAAUGAGCUGAAGAUGCUAGAAUAUGGUGAAGUUCGAUCUCAGUUUAAGUUAAGGGCUACGACAUGUCUUAUAAAUGCUAUAGAACAUACUAAUGACGCAGUCGAAAUCACAAGGUUAGAUCCAGACAAAUCUGAUACCCAGGUCCACGUGGAGUAUGUGAACCCAGCAUUUGAAAAGAUGACUGGAUACUUUCGUCCAGAGGUGAUAGGACACACACAAAAUUUGAUGUAUACAAGCGAAGGGAGGGAAUACGAUGCAAUUUACGCAGAACUCAAAAAGGGCAAGACAUGGGAAGGAAAGUGUAUGGGAAAGAGAAGAAAUGGGGAGAAAUACUUACAAAAUGUUCAUAUUGUACCUAUCAUAGGGAGGGGAGGGAAAGUUGAACACCAUGUUACUGUAAAAAGGGAAGUAAAAGAACCCAAUUCACUGCACCAUCAAGUUAACAUGAAUAUGAAUGUCAAUAUGCAUAUGGAAACACCCAGCACAGGGUCUGGACACAGGGAAGCAAUUGAUGCAGCAUUACCCAAUGGAAAUCUUCACCGACGGCCGUCAAUGACGUCAAGAAUAGAAGCACCUAUAACAAAGGUCAUUAACAUGCUAAACGCAGCACAAGAAAAUAGCCCUGUUACAGUCGUACAUGCACUUGACAGAGUUGUAGAAAUAUUACGUAGCGCUGAGCUAUAUUCUCCUGUAUUUGCUGGACAUAAUACAACAGAUGCUGAUGACGUGAUGGCUAACGAUCUUGUUGGUGGACUAAUGAGUAAUGGACGACGGAGAUCUGGUUGUGAGAUACAGCGACCAAGUCAUCCUUUACAUCCAUCAAAGGACAGACCACAUAUAAGUCACCUCCCUGAAAUCCCCCCUGAAGCACUUAACGCUAUGAUAGAUGUCGAUGAUUGGGACUUUGAUAUACUUAAGCUUGAAAAAGCCUCCAAUCACAGGCCACUCUUCUUUUUAGGGAUGAAAAUCCUGAACAAGUUUUGUGUCUGUGAAAAACUCAACAUAAGCGAAGAUGUAAUGAAAAAUUGGUUACAGUUAAUAGAAGCAAACUAUCAUCGUAAAAAUGCAUAUCACAACUCUACCCAUGCAGCCGAUGUCCUACAUGCUACAGCUGUGUUCUUGGCUAAGGAAAGAGUAAAGGCUGUAUUGGAACCACUAGACGAGGUUGCAUCAUUGAUAGCAGCUAUUGUUCAUGARGUGGACCAUCCUGGAUACACUAACUCCUUCCUUUGUAAUGCUGGUAGUGAAUUAGCAAUUCUGUAUAAUGAUAUUGCAGUUCUGGAAAGCCAUCAUGCAGCUCUGGCCUUCAAAUUYACUGCCAGAGAAGAAAAAUCCGACAUAUUUCUUGGUCUUGAUGUAGAUGAUUUCCGUACAGUUCGGCAGUCAAUUAUUGACAUGGUGAUGGCCACUGAGAUGACGAGACAUUUUGAACAUUUGUCCAAGUUUGUUAAUAGUAUAAACAAGAGACGAUCAUCAAGUAUGGAUGAAGUUCACUCUGUGCAUAGUGGGCGUGGCACUCCUGACUCGACAACUUCCUCAACCACAGCCCUUACUACUCCUGAGAACCGUACCCUWAUAAAGAGAAUGUUAAUCAAGUGUGCUGAUAUUGCAAACCCUGCAAGACCAAGAUAUCUCUGUAAGGAGUGGGCAGAAAGAAUAGCAGAGGAAUACUUUUCUCAGACUGAUGAAGAGAAAAGAAGAGGACUUCCAGUAGUUAUGCCUGUUUUUGACAGAGCAACUUGCAAUGUUCCUCGCUCACAGGUUUGGUUCAUAGACUACUUUGUGAGUGAUUUGUAUGAUGCUUGGGAUGCGUUUGCACUAGUGCCAGAAACCAUCAGGCACCUGACAGAUAACUAUGACUAUUGGAAGAAGAAAGCAGAUGAACUUGAUGCAAAGCGUGUGGCUUCCCCAUCAAGCCCGGCAACCUCUGACACCACUGCUGGCAGUUCAACAAAUACUGCACUCAAUGCAGCUUCAACUCUGUCAACAACAUCAGCACAGUCUUCAUCUUCCCUAAUGUCAUUGACUUCAGCAUAAUGUCGUACACUAUUGACUUGUAUUUAAGCAAUAUUCAGGGAGAUGCGAUAUUAUACUAAGAAAAGUUAUUGUACAUAGCUUCCCUUUUGGAGAGACACAAAGAUAUUCUCUAGAACAAUUAAUAUGCUAUAUUCUAUUUAUUUGUUGAGUGAAAAAAGAAGAAAAAGAUUUUUGUUUCCUGAAGCUGACACUAUAUAGAACAAGCAAAAUUAUCUCCUUUAUGAUGAAGUCUUCUAUUUUACUUUGAUUAAGUAUUCCAUUUUAGUUUGAUCAAGUCUUCCUUGAUCCGCUMUCAAUUUUAUCAUGUUGUUCUUAAAACUUUUAAAGGAUUGAAUGAAAUUGGUAGCCAUCUGUUUUGUGCUCAACCUAAACUAUGAAUGCUGCUCCUUUGAAUAGCACUUGCCAAUCAUCAUUGACUGACAUUUGUCAAUCAUUUAUAAAUUACACUUGUUAUUKAUCUGUGAAUGUGUUUGUAAAUUACUUGUAAUUGGCACUUGUCAAUCAAAUUAGAACUAAUCUGUCAAUCACCAUAGAAUUCCUCAUGUAAUGUAUCAUUGAGUGAUUCAUGUCAUUCAAAAAGCUAAUGAUACUCAGUGAGUGGCACUUGUCAGUCAUCUGKAACUGACACCUGUCAAUCAUCUCUGAAUUGCACUUGUCAAUCAUUACAUCAUGGCUUUUGUCAAUCAUUUGUAAUUGAAUUGAUCAUCUCUGACACCUGUCAGUCAAUGUUGUGAUUUCAUUUGUCUGUAGAUACUUUUAUCAUUGAAUAUAUAGAAUUUUAGUCAAGUUUUGCACAGUCAGUGACUAGCCAAGUGUCAUUCAAUUUCUUGAACAURCUGAUUUCAUAGAAAAUUCUCUCCCAAUGCUGUCUUGCGGUGUUCCAUGUGGGAGGUCUUGCAUUCUAUCAUUCAAUCCUGCUGUUUUAUGCCAAUGUUCAGGCUUUUAAAUUGACCAUCUUUUUUCCCUUUUAACCAUAGAAUCUUAUUUCACUGUGAAUUUCUCUAGGCAUUUUGGUAAUUUAGCAAUAUUAAGUGAUUUUAUCCAUGAGACCAGUUACUAUAUAUAAUUAUGUAUAUGAAGAUAAUACAAAAAUUGUAGAAUAACAUAGUAGUUUUGGAAAAUUUACCAUAUAUGUAUGAUUUGCUAAUUAUAAUUAUUAUUGGUCUUAUUGAAAUGAUAAGAGACCUUACUAGAUAUUAUGGGAUGACUGUGUACAUGUUAUGUAUAUCAUGAGCUAACAUUUUUUCUAUGCAUAGAUGCUCUGCCAAGACUGUAAAUUCAUGUAAGCACAUUUAGUGUUUUUAGUUUUGUAGUUAGUCUUUCUACUUUGUACAUCAUCAGCUUAGAUUAAGCCCCCCUCCCUCCCCCCUUCAGAUCACUGAUUUGAUCARAUGUUGGUCAUAGAAAUGGCUGGUGUUGUCUUCACAUGGAGUCACAACUACCUUCCAUGAGUGCAAGCCAUUCURGAGGGGGCAUAUUUAUGUUAUAUUUAGGGGGAAGACGGGCUCUAAUAAUAAAUUACUAAUUACCAAAAUAAUUAUCAGAUUGUAAGAAAAACAUAAUCAUUCUUAUUUAAUAUUUCAACUCAUUUUAUGCGCAAAACACCUCUCUUCUACCCCCUAAGGAAACCACGUCAUUCCCUAUUUUGAUCAUUGCUACAACAGUACCAUAUUUGGUAGAUGUUUCAAAUGUGUACAGACAUAUACAACUUUCAAAUAUGGUGGUCACAGUUACCGAUGGUAAUGACUAACGAAGAAACAUAGAAACAAGGCUUCCAAGGCCGAACAUCAAAUGCUGACAAACUUGUGGUAGUGGCAAAGUUUGAGAGGUGUAUUGCAUGUCAUAGUCUGUCAAGGUAUCUGAGCAAGAUGUCAUGUUSUAUAAUGGACAUCGUGUUUAAAGCUGGCCUUUGAGACCUUGUUUUGUGCUUCAURCAUAGUACUGCAGUCAGUGACUGUGARGUAWGAGCGCCAUUUUUUAAAGUCGUCAAUAACUAUCAGUGUUUUGAUGCUAUUAAUAAUUAUUCAUUUGAGAAGUUUAGCUUAGGCUUGUUGCUAUUGGUAAUAUGUCAAUCUGAAGUAAAAAGCAUCAACUAAAA